GAUCAAGAUGGCAAAGCUCGUGAACAUGUUAUUGGCUAUGCAAGUCGUACACUUUCUGCAUCUGAACGUAAAUACAGUCCAACAGAACGUGAAUGUUUAGCCAUUGUUUAUGGUUGUAAUUAUUAUCGUCCAUAUAUUGAAGGAACUCGAUUUACUGCUAUUACUGAUCAUAAAGCUCUUAAGUGGCUUCAUUCAACUAAAGAUUUAAAUAGUCGUUUAGCUCGGUGGGCAAUACAAAUUGCUACAUAUGAUAUAGAUAUUCAACAUCGACCUGGUUGUGAAAAUGGUCCACCUGAUGCUCUCUCUCGAUAUCCUAUUGGUGUUAAUGUCCAUAGAGAUGAUGAUGAAUUAUCACCUUCAAUUAUAUCUACUAUUACUUCUGAUUAUUUCAAUAUUAAUUACAAUGAUUAUUUAUCUACUGUAUCAUAUGAUCGUGGUUCUCUAUUACUUCUUGAUUAUUUUCGAAAUGAUUCAUUACCACCACAUUCUUUAUCGAUUCCAAUAUCUUUAAUAUCUACUUCUACGAAAUCUACUGAUGUA